AUGACGACCGAGUCCAAGCCGACCCUCGAGCAGCUCGAGGUGGGCAAGGAUGGGGUGGAGGGCAAAGAGAAAGACCUUCAGGAAACUAGCGACGCCAUUCAGCUGGCCGAGGCAGUUGAAUCCAUAAAGUGCAGCCCAUGGACCGCCAGCAUGUUUCGCCUAUACGGCUGUCUGACCAUCGCAUAUCUGUGUGGAUGUCUCAAUGGUUAUGACGGUUCGCUGAUGGGAGGACUGAAUGAUAUGACGAGUUAUAAGAAUUUCUUCCAUAUGAAAACCGCAUCUUCAGGCACCGGCUUGGUAUUUGCCAUCUAUAACAUCGGCUCUAUCCCAGCAGUGAUUCUCUCUGGUCCCGUCAACGAUAUUUUUGGGCGCCGCAAGGGCAUGUUCACUGGAGCUGCCAUCAUCAUUAUUGGCACCUGCAUUCAGGCACCCGCUACAAGCCAUGGAAUGUUCCUCGCUGGUCGGUUCAUUCUCGGAUUUGGAGUCAGCUUUUGCUGUGUCAGUGCGCCAUGUUAUGUCUCGGAAAUGGCCCAUCCCGUGUGGCGUGGAACCUUAACCGGUUUGUAUAACUGCACCUGGUACAUCGGGUCCAUUGUCGCCAGUUGGAUCGUCUAUGGCUGCGAAAACAUUACUCACUCGUAUGGCUUCCGAAUCCCUAUUUGGUGCCAGCUUCUCUCGUCCGUGAUUGUUGCAAUUGGAACCUGGUUCUUGCCUGAAUCCCCUCGGUGGCUCAUGGCGCAGGACCGCACGGAUGAGGCCAUCGAAGUCCUGGCACGUUAUCACGGAGAAGGUGAUGCCUCGCACCCAAUGGUCACACUUCAGAUCAAGGAGAUGCAGCAUCAGAUCACUGUCAGUGUUGCCAACUCCAGCAAGAACUGGUGGGACUACCGUGAGCUUUUCAACACUCACUCUGCCCGUCGCCGUUUCAUUUGUGUGGCCGGCAUGGCUUGUUUUGGUCAACUCUCUGGCAACAGUCUUACUAGCUACUAUCUCCCCGUCAUGGUCCAGAAUGCCGGUAUUGGAUCUACCAAGACCCAAUUGAUGCUUAACGCCAUCUACCCUGUUCUUUGUUUGAUCACAUCCGUCUCUGGCGCUGGACUCACAGACCGUAUUGGCCGCCGACCUCUCAUGAUCUACUCGCUUCUCUUCUGCUCUGUUGCCUUUGCCAUCAUCCUGGGAACUUCCAAAUUAUCCGUUGAUGAUCCCAGCAACUCUAGCGCUGCCAAUACCUCCGUUGCGUUUAUCUACCUAUUUGGCAUCGUCUUCUCCUUUGGCUGGACGCCUCUGCAAAGCAUGUACAUUGCCGAAACGCUAUCGACCAAUACCCGCGCCAAAGGCACUGCCCUGGGCAACUUGCUGUCCAAUAUCAGCAGUGCGGUAAUUUCUUACAGCUCUGGGCCCGCUUUUGAGAAGCUGAAGUACUACUUCUAUGCUGUGUUCAUUGUGUGGGACCUGAUUGAAAUAGUUGUGAUCUACUUCUGGUUCCCGGAGACCAAAGAGCGGACGCUCGAGGAGCUGGAAGAGGUCUUUUCGGCCCCGAAUCCGGUGGCCAAGAGUCUGGAGCCUCGCGAUAUUUCCACCGUGCUGAGGACACUGGAGGUUACGGAGGUUGAGACCACCCGUGCGGACGUCUAA